CGUGGCAUCUGGUCGUUCGGCGGUGGCAUUCAGGGCGGUUGUUGGAUAAAUUUUGUUGUAGCAUAAAGACCGAUCGAUCUCCAAGUCCACUGCAUGCAAACAAAAUUAAAGGAAGAUUGUAAAACGCAGUGAAGAAAGAUCGAAGAGAACGUAGCGACAGAUCAAUAUAAUCCAUCAAAAGAUCAGAUCAGAGUAGGAAAAUGCAGUCAGCAAAAGAGACAGCCUCCAACGCCGCCGCAACCGCCAAGUCCGGCAUGGAGAAGACUAAGGCCUCCGUCCAAGAAAAGGCAGAGAAGAUGACAACCAGAGAUCCGGUCCAGAAAGAGAUGUCGAGAGCGAAGAAAGACGAAAGAAAGCGCGAGGCGGAACUGGAGAAACAGGCUACCAAAGACCAAAAUGCAGCCUCCAAACAGGCGGCAGCCGCCGGCGGAACUCCGGCCUAUACCACUGGUGCUGAAGGUGGAGUGUAUGACCCGAAUGUUGCCGGCGGCCGCCAUGGAUCCGGCCCUACCGGAUUACUGUAGGCCGGCUUGUUCAAAUAAUAAUGUUUUUGUUUAUCAAACACAAACUCACUAUGUAUUCCAAAUAAGACUCGUAGUGUAAUUGUAUGCUCGAAUGUUUUUUGGGGCAUACCAUACACUAAUAUAACGAAUACUAUAAGAAAUUUGCUUUGCUUUGCGUAA